GUGCUUUCGCAAAGGGCACCGUUUAAAGUGUCAAGAUGGCAAAUAUUCCGGAAUGUCCGCCCAGUCUGAAAUCCAUCCAGCACUAUUUGAAGGUAGCUACAGAACAUGAGUCAAGGGACCCAGUAAUUGCCUAUUGGUGCAGACUACAUGCCUUACAAGUUGGUCUUAAGGCAACAACAAAGAAAACGCCAGAAGAGACUAAGGUUUUAAUGGCACUAAUGGACUGGUUAGAAGAAGCCAAGAAGACUAUGAAAGACAACGAAGCCAUCGGCAAUGAAGUGGCGGGUCAGGCCCAUCUGGAGAAUUAUGCUUUAAGACUGUUUCUAUUUGCUGAUAAGGCAGACAGAGAACAGAAUUAUGGAAAGAACAUGGUGAAAGCAUUUUACACAGCCGGCAUGAUCUAUGACGUGCUGACGACAUUUGGAGAUCUGACUGAUGAAGCCGCGCAAAACAGGAAGUAUGCUAAAUGGAAAGCAGCCUACAUCCACAAUUGCUUGAAGAAUGGAGAAACACCUGUCCCAGGUCCAAUCCAAGACGGCGAACAAAACGAUGAUUCAGAAGUGACGAACCCCGCACCAGCCUCGGAGCCCGCGGCCGCCGCGUCGGCGUCCGGCUUCCCGCAGGUGCCCGGCGCCUCGCCCGCGCCCGCUACGCCGCCAAGCAGCCUCGGCGGCGCGCUGCCCGACCCCGCCCUCGCCAUGCGCGCGGCCUCGCAGCUCCCCAACGUGCCCUACACGCCUGACCCCAACCCGGGCGGGUUCGUGCCCUACGACCCCGCGCAGCAGCCCGCGCCCGCCACGUUGUACGGCGACAACACCACCACCGCCCAGCUCACGCCCGAUCAGAUAGCUAAAGCCCAGAAGUAUUGUAAAUGGGCGAGCAGCGCCCUCAACUACGAGGACAUGAAAACGGCCAUCACUAAUCUCAAAAAUGCCUUGGAACUGCUGCAGACUGGAAGAGACCCGGCCUGAAGUUUUAUGCAUAUUUUAUUUGCAGCACACCGUUAUGGAAUCGAGGCGAUACAGGUGGUAUUACAUUA